CAAAAAUUCUUUUUCUUCAUUAUUAAUAGACGGUGAAAAAACGUAAAGAAAAGCAUUGACACACAUUUACAAAAAACAGCCAGCUUUUUGAAAUACAAGCAAAACAAAAGGUGAUUGAUCAUGAAACUUAAGUUAUUAAUUUUUUUUCAAAAAGAUUUCUAAAAUAUUAAAAAUCUUUCAUAAGGCUAUUGAAACGCAAAACAUCAAGUUAAAAAAGAUGCCUUGUCAUUUCAAUGAAAUAAUGUAUAGUCUUCCGAAGCAUGCGAAUGAAUCUGAGAUUGGCUACAUCUCGUGUAAUUCCGUGUCUGAUAGUAAAUUUGAGUCGUUAGAAGAUGAGGAAAAAGAAACUUGUAUUGAUCGUUCAGAGAAUGCUCAGAGUUACGUUCUUGUGUCCUCGUUACUUGACAUUAUUUACGAUUUUAUGGCGCAAAAAAGUUUUUUGAUGUAUGCAUCAAACGGUAACGACUCUUACCUUCUCUCUAAAGAAGAAUUAAAUGACGGAACGCAAAACGUGCACCGAAAAUUCUCAAAGUCUUCGUUUUCGUGGUCUUUGAAGAAAAUCUUACAUUUUGUAGGGCCUGGAUGGCUUGUAGCCAUGGCGUAUAUUGAUCCUGGAAAUUUGGAAGGAGAUUUAGUUGCAGGUGCUUAUCGUGACGCCCAAAAUCCUCAAGCAGGAUUCCACUUUUUAUGGAUUUUAAUGUUUUCAACUCUGAUCGGAUUUUUUUUCCAACAUUUAGCAGUCAAGUUAGGAAUCUAUUCUUCAAAGACUCUAGCGGAAUUGUGUCGUGAAAUUUUUCCACGUUCCUUUUGUUAUAUUUUUUGGGCAAUGCUGGAAAUUUCCUUACUUGGAGCGGACAUUCAAUGCGUCAUGGGAUCCGCUAUAAGUUUAAAACUUUUAUUUAAUGUACCUUUUUCAAUUGGUAUUCUCUUAACAUUAUUCGAUUGUUGUUUAGCUUUUUUUCUUGAUAUUUGGGGUCCUCGGCGUCUUGAAACAUGCUUUGCUUUAUGUAUUUCUCUUAUGGGAGGUUGUUUUUUUAUAAACAUGUUUACUUCGCACCCUUCCUUAUCUCAUAUCAUUCAUGGGUUAACAUGUUUUUCUAUUCCGAAAAAUUCGUUACCUUUAGCUAUAUCUUUAAUUGGGAGUGUCGUGAUGCCUCAUAAUUUUUUUUUACAAUCAGCUGUUGUUCAAUCUCGAUUGUUACAUCACCGUACACCAGAACUUUUACAUCAUGUGACUCAUGUUUACACUAUUGAAACAUUUUUUUUAUUGUCUGUAAGCUUUUUAGUUAACCUUGCAGUGGUUGUUGCGUUUGCUAAUCCAGGAAUAACGUCGAGCCAGCCUCUAACGCUUUACAAUGCUCAUGUAGCAUUAAAGUCUUCAUUAGGCCAACAUUCUGCGCUCAUAUGGGGUAUUGGUUUAUUAGCAUCUGGUCAAUGUGCCACCAUUGCAUCCACUUAUGCUAGUCGCUCUAUGAUUGACGGUUUUCUUCAAAUAAAAUUUCCAACAUUUUGGUCUCGUGUUCUUGUUACGCGACUCACAUCAUUAAUUCCUCUCUUAAUUCUUUUAAAACUUAAUACAGCCUCUAUCGAAACGAUAGCUAAUUCGGUGAAUGUUCUUCAGGUAACAUUUUGACUCAUGUAAACAAAAUACUACCAAUUUUUUUUUUUUCGUAAUAUUUAGGCUUUCAAUCUCCCUUUGGUUCUCAUUUUACUCAUUCGAUUAACAAGUAGUGAAAGGAUUAUGGGUUCCCAAAAUGUUUUAUCCUUGCCUUUAAAAAUAAUAUGCUGUAUUUCCUCUUUCAUUCUCCUUAGCGCCAACGUUUGGUUAACUAUCACUCAACUUUCAACGUUUCCCUUUUACAAUAUUUUCUUUUUUCUUAUAAUUUAUUUUUAUUCCAUAUUUUACAUUUGUUCCUUUCCUAUCAAACAAAAUGCGAACGUCUCUUUCACAUGAAAAAUUUGGUUCACGUACUCUUUUGGAUCUCUUCUCAUAAACAACGGUCAAUCUUCUUUUUUUUUUAAUUAGUUCAAAAAGAUAUCCAUUGCAUUUCAUUCUAUAAAAAAUUAGAAAAACAUUAACAGUAAAAUUAUAACACAAAGUAUCUUUUUCAGUUUUAUAA